GUCUGUUUGAUUUUUGCUACUGGUCCGAGAGAUGGGAAUGAAAGCAUUGUUUGGGAAAUACAAAGCACCGAUGAGCAUGCUGUUGGUACAGCUGCUUGCAACGGGAAUGUUCCUCUUAUCGAAGGCUGUCCUAAAUGAGGGAGCUUUCGUCUUCUCAUUGCUUACAUACCGUCUGAUUAUCGCAACCAUUUUUCUAGCGCCUUUUGCUUACUUCAUUGAGAGAAACAUGGCACGGAAAUUAAGCUGGGUGGCUGUGGUAUGGAUUUUUUUCAAUGGCCUUUCCGGGACAACGAUGGCUAUGGGUCUGUAUUAUUAUGGACUCCGCAAUACUUCUGCUUCAUUUGCAACCAACUUUCUUAAUUUGAUUCCUGUCAUUACUUUCAUCCUAUCCACUAUUGUCAGAAUAGAGAAAUUGGGAUUAGAAAGCAAAGGAGGGAGAGUUAAAAUUGCUGGAACCAUUUUAUGUGUUGCUGGAGCUCUAACCAUUAGUCUCUACAAAGGAAUGCCAUUGCACAUGUGGACUUCUCAUGUGCAUAACCCUCAGAUUUCGACGAAAAGGAGGACAACCGGUGAGAUGGCACGUGGCUCGUGUAUGUUGGUCGGAUGCUGCUUAAGUACUGCCGUUUGGUUUAUUAUACAGGUUAGACUAUUCAAAGUCUAUCCGUCAAUGUAUUGGGCAACAAUGCUCUCAUGCUUGGCAGGUUGCAUCCAAUCAACAAUUGUCGGAAUAGCAAUAGAUAGAAGAAAAGCUACUUGGAGGUUAGGAUGGGAUUUGCAGCUGUUGACAAUAGUUUACUCGGCAGUAUUCAGCACCGGUGCUAACUUCUGUUUAAUAUCAUGGGCCGUUGCAAAACGAGGGCCCACCUAUCCUUCCAUGUUUAAUCCUCUCUCGUUGAUCUUUGUCACAAUCUUGGAAUCAUUCUUUAUGGGAGAAGAAAUUUUCAUUGGAAGCAUAUUAGGUAUGAUUAUGAUAAUAGGAGGGUUGUAUGCAUUUCUGUGGGGAAAGAGGAAUGAGCCAGCACCGUCCAUUGUGAGACCCUGUCAUCGAAAGCAGCUAUCACAACCCAAUGUACAGGCACUGGGGACAUAACGUUAGACGUUAGUUGUUGAACGUACGCAAUCGAAUUCGGCAAUCUCUCCCAUCAUGGCUCCACAAGACAACAGGGCCUCUGACGAAGCUCUGGAGUAGGAAGCGGCACCCAUUCCGAAGUAGUGGGAGACCCACAGAAAGUCCAUGUACUAUGGCCUUGUUCAUU